GGUUGGUACCCCUCUGAGCUCACAGAAAGCUGUGUUCAGGGAUGUCCCUGCAAGAACUCCUGGGAGGUGGUGCAGUUCUGGGCAGUCUCUAGGAGGUGAUGUGUAAGACAGACAAAAGCACAGUGUGACAAACUCCAGAUGUUCAGUGCUCUUUAGGAUGUAUCUUACGAUAUCUCUUCGGUCUUCAUUUUUGAGUGUGCUGGUAAGCUGAAGGUUGGGCACUUCUGCUUCAGUUCUGUUCUAGGGCUUUGCAAAUCCUUGAGUGCUCUGAGUGCAAGCUUAGACAUAGCUUCUUGUGUCCACAGAAGGGCUAAUACUGGCCUCCAGUACUUGCCAAAAAUACUGCAAGAGUGAUCCACAGUGUACUUAGGGAAAACUGAAUACUUGUUCUGCCCUUGAAUUAGGAGCAGGAGGGCACUGAGGGUUGUUCAGCCUGGUCUGGUCCUGGCUUCAUUAAGCAAUAUAAUGUAGGACUGACACUAAUUUAAGUGGUGGUCCAUGGUAGUGGAGUAAAUUUAUCUUCUCUUGAAGGGUAUUUUUGCUACCUUACUGAUUGAACUGGUUUGGGCCUUCGGAUUAGCAAAGAGCUUUUUUUUUUUUUUUUGGUACUGGCAUCAGUGUAGGGUUAUAAAAUCUAGAAGAACAAUGUAUGAUUUCCUUAAAAUUAAUUUUGGGUUGUGGUAGGGUCAUGCCUUGGCUAUCAGUGGAGAGAUAUAUCCUAUGCUUAGCUGAAAGCAUCAGGAAACAGGCAGUUUUGCAGGAAAUGGCUGAAUCAGGGUCCAUUUCUGGUGCUGAGCAUUUAGCUUAAUCGUUUUCAGUGCAGUUGUGGUUAUUCAUUGCCCCGCUAUCUCAAACUCAAUGUUGAAAACUGAGCAUGUUAAAUCCAUACCCCAGUGAGCUCUGAGAGCAUCCCAGAUAAAAAGCUAAUGGGAAGUCUUUGUCCUGGUUCUUGAACUCCUCAUAAGCUCUACCAUUCUCUUCACAGAGUUGUACAUGAUCACUCGUACUGAAAGCCAGCAUGCCUCGCUCUCCCUUUGGUUUUGCUGGGAAAGAGCACUGGUACAGGAAAUUAGAUGGGAAGGAAGAAGAAAAUGGUCUCUCGCCUGGCCAGUUUGUUGCAGCAGAGUUGGGAACAGUGUAUGUUGUCCCUGUUUUCAUGCUUGUUUUCUGUCCCCUAGAGCAGCUGUCCGUCUCUGGUAAGCUUGCGGGGUGAAUUCUUUCUGUGUUCUUGGCUCCUUCAGCCACCCUUGCACUGUGUCUGUGGGGAAAUGGGCAUUUCGUCCUGUAUUUGAGUUGAGCUGGAGGAGGCAAUGCGUGUACCCAAAAUACAUUUUGCAGGAAGCCAUCCCUUGGCUGUGAAGUACUCCUUUGUAGCAGCCAAACAUUCCAGUUGUCCUUGGAGCUCUCCCCUCCUCACUAAGGGAUGGAUGCUGACAUUAUACAAGAAGGAAGGCCAGGCUUCACAUCUUCCCCUAUCUGCAACACCAGAUAAUGCUGCUUGCUCCUUGACCCCCCUGUGCGUCUCGAGCUCUGUGCUGCUGCUGUGGUUUUCCUCUGGAGAGCACUCGCACGUCUGAGGCACUCCAAGCAUACGCUGAGUCCUCUUCCCGCCGGUUGAAAUGCAACAAUUCUUACAGGUCUGGUCAACGUUUUCUUGCUUCAGUGUAAGGGGGAUAUAAAGGCAGCAAGUUACGGACUUCAUGGCUAAUAUUACUAGUAUCUGCAUGGGAGGCUUUGGAACUGGGAGACACUGGAUGUCUGUUUUUUCAAGUGAAUGUAUUUUGAGUCAAAAAAUGACAGAAACAAUAGUGGCCAUAAUGGGCCUGAAGGGAGAGGAGACAUGGAAAGGUCCUAAAAGUCGACUUUGUCCAGGUCUUGAUGGCACAAAAUAUGGCCUUGAACAACUUACUGAAGCAAUAGCAGUGAGGGGACUGUCUUUACAGUACCUUGGAUCUACAAUUCAGAAGAUACUGAAGCAGCUGGGAAAGGUACCAGUGCCUUGCCUAAGGCUGGUACUAGCUGUGAGCCGCAGCAGCACUGACGCUGGUGCACUUUUAUGUGUUCAUUUUCUACUUGGAGGCCGUGAGGGAAGGAGCUGCUGGACUGCUUCCCUUUUAACUGUCACUCUACUCCUGUAUAUUCCUUUUUCUUUCGUGAUGUUGUAGUUUAAAUUUUACAGAGAGCCCCAUCCCACCUCUUAGUACAGAGAAAAAAAAAGGCAAACAAAAAGCAAUCCCCAAAAAACCCACCAAAUUUAAAGUGAAAAACAUGCCAUUUGAGGCAGGGCACCUGUUGGCACUCAAAAUUCUGGAGACCUAUUUUUGAGAUGUGAAAAAUUUAGGUAAAUGCUGAGUAAUAGGUGAGUGAGGAGCUUAACAGAUGUAAACAUUUACAUGGGAUGCAUUAGACUUCUGCUGUGUGUAUUGUCUUUUGGUUGAAACAAAUUAUGAAGUGACUAAUAAAAUGAGUCAAUAUUCAAUGAUUUAAAAUUGCCUUGUUGCUUUCUACCAAUACAGUGGGAUAGAAUGUUUUGAUUCUUAAUGUUUGGCCAUUGCAAUGUCAGAUGAUGCGAAACAAUAAGGCCAUGUUUUGAAAAAACUUUACAGGAAAUUUUGGAGACCAAGAUGAGUGGACAGUUGCAAAACGCUUGAGCACUUCCUAUGGAAUACCAUGCUGAGCAGGGAGCAUGUUAGUUACAAGCAGCAGUGCUUGUUAGAUGCUAGAAAGGUGUGGUGGGAUCUGAACACAAGCAAUGUGUUUGGAGCCUGCUCUGGGAGCUCGGUAAAAGACCCCUUUCAUACUCCAUGUGACACUUGGACAAGGAUUGUCACCAUAUCUCUGUCCCCACGUGUGCCUGCUUUGUGUUUUCUAGUCACAGUCACAUUUCCCUAGAUGAUCUUUCAUGUCUUUUCAGACGCGUAAUUUCACUGUGGGGAAGGUAGCUUUUUUUAAAUGUUCUUGUUCCUGUUCAGGCAGAAGCAGUGGCUGCCCUAAAACAUACUCAAAUUCUUGCAAACUGUGUCAUGAUGAUGUCAUUGGUAGAUGAUGACGUCACUAGUAGUUAUUGACGUUAUUAGCAGCAGCCACUAGUUAAGACUGGCAGAGCUUAGGUGCUGUACCUGCAGGGCAGCAGGAGCACGGGGAUGUUCGGCUGUUGCGCAGCGUGCCUCCGGCUGCGGGCCGCUGAUGUGACAGACGCUGGAGCUGUGUGAAGGGCGAGCGGUGACAGGUGCGUUUGCAGCGUUCACGUCAGGUUUGCGGCUCGCACUCGGCACCUCUCGCUGGUGCAAGACACGGACGCAGGCAGGCACGGAGCUCGCGGGGCCCGGCCUGGGGCGGCUCCGGGGGCCGCGCCGCUGCCGCUCCCGCCGCCGGGGCGGGGCCUGGGCCGGACGGCCCGUGCGCUUCCGGGGCGGGGCCGCGGAGGCCCGGGGUGUCGGUGUGGCCGGCGAUGGGGGAGGCCGGGCCGGGUGCGGGGCCGGGUGCUGCGCUGGGGCCCAGGGAGGCGCAGGAGCCCGAGGAGGACGAGGCGGCGGCGCCGGGCGGCACACGAGGGUGCCGGGCCGGAUCCCGCGGCGGCAUCCGGGUGCUGAAGAGGAACGCCAAGCGCACCGGGAGCAGGAGCUGCCAGAGCAGGAGUCGAGUUGGCUCCCGUGAGAGGACCUGGCUGAAAGGGGACGUCGGACGAGGCUGCGUGUAUGUUUAUGGAAGAGACUCAGCAGCUGCGGCUCCUUCAGACUUGCGCCUAGUCCUCUGCACAGUGGACACCCAAGCCUCGGAGAUCUGUGACGGAGAAGGGAGGAAAACCCUCUUUUUGCAGCUUCAUGGAGACCUGGUCAGGAGGCUGGAGCCCACAGAAAAACCCCUUCAGAUUGUGUAUGACUACUUGGCUGGGUUGGGUUUUGAUGAUCCUCUCAGAAUGCAGGAAGAGGCAGCAAACUCUGAUCUCAGCUGUAUGAUUCGCUUCUACAGUGAAAAGCCAUGUCAGGUGGAACAGCUGGAUCGCAUCCUGCUCUCUGGAGUCUAUAACGUACGCAAAGGAAAGACCCAGCUGCACAAGUGGGCAGAGCGCUCAGUCACUCUGUGUGGUACGUGCCUCAUUGUGUCCUCAGUGAAGGACAGCCAUGCAGGGAAGAUGCACAUCUUGCCUCUCAUUGGAGGGAAGGUGGAAGAGAUGAAACGUCGGCAGUACACCCUUGCUUUCACAUCUGCUGGAGCACAAGCUCAGACAUACCAUGUUUCCUUUGAAACGCUGGCAGAGUGCCAGCGGUGGCACCGGCAGGCAUCCACGAUUGUGUCUAUGCGAUUUAGCAUGGUUGAUCUUUCAUGCUACAGCCUUGAGGAAGUACCAGAGCACCUCUUCUACAGUCAAGAUAUCACCUACCUCAACUUACGCCACAAUUUUAUGAGAACAAGUGGAGCAGGGAGUCUUGACUCUCUUUGCAGGUUUUCUCAGUUGAAGAGUCUGAACUUGUCUCAUAAUAGACUGGGAGAGUUUCCUGUAUCACUGUGUGAGAUCUCUACUCUGACAGAGCUUAAUAUUUCCUGUAAUGGACUUCAUUACUUGCCAAGUCAGAUUGGCAAACUGUUGAAUCUCCAGACCUUCUGGCUUGAUGGCAAUUUCCUCACAUCCUUACCAGAAGAGAUGGGAAACCUGCAGCAGCUCAGCUGUCUUGGGCUUUCCUUCAAUAACUUCUGUGAACUGCCAGCAAUUUGUGAGAAACUUGUCACCUUAGACAAACUAGCCCUGGCAGGGAACUUGUUGGAGACCCUGGACCUGACAGUGCUGAACCGUAUGGGUCACAUCAAAAGUGUGGACCUGAGGCUGAACAACCUGAAGAGAGCAGCAGCUGACACUCUGGAGGGGAACAAAUCUGUGGCUUACAUGGAUUUACGAGACAAUCAGAUGACAGAUCUGGAUCUGAGCUCCUUGGUCAGCCUGGAGCAGCUGCACUGCGAGCGAAAUAAGCUGAGAGAGCUGACACUGAGCGGCUUCUCCCUUCGGGCCCUGUAUGCCAACAGCAACUGUCUGACAGCUGUCAAUAUUUAUCCGGUUCCUGGUCUACUGACAUGUCUAGAACUCUCUCACAAUCAACUACAGUGUGUCCCAGACUGGGCCUGUGAAGCAAAGAAACUGGAAGUUUUGGAUGUGAGCUACAACCUACUCUUGGAGCUUCCAUCGAGGAUCCUCAGAAGCUUGAGUCUUCGGAAGUUGAUGGUGGGGCACAAUCGUCUGCAAAGCCUUCCACCUCUUCUAGAACACAUUCCACUGGAGGUGCUGGACCUUCAGCACAAUCUGUUGGCUAAACUCCCAGAGACACUCUUUGUCAAAGCUCUGAACCUCAGGUACCUGAAUGCUUCUGCAAACAGCCUGGAGUCCUUGCCCACCACAUGUCCGGGGGAGGAGAGUUUGAGCAUGCUGCAGCUGCUAUACUUGACUAAUAACAACCUCACAGAUCAGUGCAUCCCUGUCUUGGUGGGACACCCAAACCUACGGAUCCUGCAUCUGGCAAACAACAACCUGCAGACUUUCCCUGCAAGCAAACUUAGUAAGCUGGAGCACUUGGAAGAACUGAAUCUGAGUGGAAACAAACUGAAAACAAUUCCUACAACGGUUGCAAACUGCAAGCUACUUCAUACACUUAUUGCACACUCUAAUGAAAUCAGCAUUUUUCCAGAAGUCCUGCAUUUGCCCCGUAUUCAGUUUGUGGAUUUGAGCUGCAAUGAGUUAACUGAAAUCCUAAUCCCUGAGGCACUGCCAGGUGCCUUGCAAGAGCUGGAUCUGAGUGGAAACACAAACCUGGUGCUAGAACACAAGACACUGGAUAUCUUCAGUCACAUUACCACACUGAAGAUUGAUGCUAAGCCCUCCCUCACGGCAGACUCGGCACUCACUUCUGUCUUCUGGAGUCACGGAGUAGCUGAGAUGGCAGGCCAAAGAAAUAAGUUGUGUGUGUCGUCCCUGACACUGGGGAGCUUUGCAGAGGGGGUGGAGGCUGUGUAUGGCAUGUUUGAUGGUGACAAGAAUGAAGAACUGCCACGUUUGCUGCAGUGCACCAUGGCCGAUGUGCUCCUGGAGGAGGUACAGCAGUCUGACACCAUGUUCAUGUCCAACACCUUCUUGGUCUCCCACAGAAAGCUGGGCAUGGCUGGGCAGAAGCUGGGUUCCUCUGCUGUCCUUUGCUACAUUCGUAAUGAGGUGGCUGAUCCAGCCAGCAACUUUUCUCUGACGGUGGCCAAUGUGGGGACGUGCCAAGCUGUUCUGUGCCGAAGUGGAAAAGCACUGCCUCUCUCCAAAGUCUUCAGUCUUGAACAAUGUUCAGAAGAAGCCAGGAGAGUCAAGGAACAAAAAGCCAUUAUAACAGAGGACAAUAAAGUCAAUGGUGUGACUUGCUGUACUCGGAUGCUGGGCUGCACGUACCUGCAUCCUUGGAUCUUGCCCAAACCACAUGUCAGUUCCAUUCCACUGACUGUACAAGAUGAAUUGCUACUUCUAGGGAACAAAGCUCUCUGGGAACAUCUUUCUUAUGCAGAGGCUGUCUCAGCUGUGCGGCACCUACACGACCCACUAGCUGCCGCAAAGAAACUCUGCACUUUAGCCCAAAGCUAUGGUUGCCAAGACAAUGUUGGUGCAAUGGUGGUAUGUCUGAACAUCAGUGAGGACAACUGCACAUGUGAGAUGCACGGCCUCACUCUGACAGGCCCUGGGGGAUUUAGUUCUACCACCACCAAACCAGCAACACCUUCAUGUAGCAGUGGAAUUGCUUCAGAGUUCAGCAGUGAACUGUCUGCUUCUGAGGUUAGCAGUGAGGUGGGCUCUACUGCAUCAGAUGAACACAGUGCUGUUGGUCUCGAUGGCAGCUUGCUACCACGACAAGAACGACGUUGCAGCCUACAUCCUGUGCCCCCCUCAAGCAUCUUUCAGCGCCAACAUUCCAGUGCCACCUUCUCUAGCAACCAGUCUGACAAUGGUCUAGAUAGUGAUGAUGAGCAACCUGUGGAAGGUGUGAUGACAAAUGGCAGUAAAGUGGAGGUAGAGGUGGACAUCCAUUGCUGUAAAGGAAAGGGUCUGGAAUUACAACAUCCUGCUGCAGAGUACAGCUCUUCUACUCCAGGGCCAGAGGAUGACUCUGGGCUUGUACUCAUCAUUCGGAGGCAGAACAGUGUAAACAGCAACACUGUGCAGAGAGGGGUUAAGGAGAAGUGUGAACUCCAAAAAUCUCUUUCCACAUGUUGUCUUUAUGGAAAGAAGCUUUCCAAUGGCUCCAUAGUGCCCUUGGAGGAGAGCCUCAACCUCAUUGAAGUAGCGACAGAGGCACCCAAGAAGAAGACAGGCUAUUUUGCUGCUCCAUCCCAGAUGGAGCCAGAAGAUCAAUUUGUGGUGCCACCUGAUCUGGAAGAGGAAGUGAAGGAACAAAUGAAGCAGCACCAGGAGGACAGAGCAGAUCAGGAGCUGAAAGAAGAACAUGCAGCAUCCCUGCCAGAGGAGUUUGACACAGCUCUGUAACCCUACGAGUACCAUUCCCACAUUAUCUGUCCCAGGAAGCUCUGUUUAAUAAGGGCUGUCAUGCCCUCUGAGGGAGCUGGGAUCUGCAAGGAGUACAGACACCUGCUGCUUCCUUAAUGGAGUUGAGGAAGAAUCAGGAAGGCCAACGUCUAGGCUGUCCACUUAACCACUGUAGCAUCUCAGUUGUUCUAUGAGCAGACAGAUCAGCAGCUGAGCUCUGUGUUAGGGACUGUCUGGUAAGUCUUUGAACCCUGAGAUUCUGCCAGCUGUGCUGGAAAGGGGCUGGAGUAUGUGUGUGUGGGGUGAGGAGGCUGCUGAGAGAGAAAUGCUCAGUGUUUAGAGUCCUGUGAACAUUUCUGAUGCAGUGUCCCACCCUCCCCCCCCCAGCACCUGACUUUGUUAUUCCUUGAAAGAAUACAGACAGUUGCAAUGAAGCUGACCUGAGAAUGGUUUCCUAUAUUAAUUGCAAGCACUUUUAUUUAUUGCACUUAAGCUGUUCUUUUCCCUUUCAGCCCAGCACUUUAUUAUUUAGGUUUAGGGGAGAAAGCACUCCACAGCAGAUAUGCUGUGGACUUUUCCCAAUUAAUGUUCUUAGGAUAGUGGAGGACUCAGGGUACCAGUGUUCUGAUGAGCACUGGUGUAGGGGAGAGUGAAGGUUAUGGUGGGAUCAUUCUGUGCAGGAUGAGAAAACACAUAGCUGAGUGAUAAGCAGGUGCCAACCGAUGCAUUUUAUAUGGAGCAUAGGAAAGAUGAGGACUGGUUGAAUAAGGCAAUGUGUAGAUCUAGUGGCUCUAGCUGCAGAGCACAGACCCACCUCAGCAGCAGCUUGGCCACCUUCAUCAUGGAUGCUUCACAGUAGAGGCUUCCUCUACAGAAGACAUGGGAUAAAGCCAGGAGCUUGUGCUUGUCUCGGUGGUCAGUCAGAAGAGCCAAGCUGUAAACAAUGGUGUGCUGCUCUAAGACUGGCAGAAGCAUGCAGUGCUCUUUUCCAUCAACAUAAACCUCUGCAUUGUCAGCUACAGCAUCUUUGCUUGCCUCUAGAAGCAGGAGUCAUAUUCCAAAUACACAGCAACCAGCAUUUCAUGGUAUGUGCCCAAUUUCGCCACAAACAAGGUGAAAGUGUACUUGUUCCUAAGCCUUCAGCACAAAAGCAAAAAUUAAACUUUUCAUCUUAUUCACAUUUUUAUCAGCACUGAAAAAGAUGUUUAAAACAGUCCCACUAAUGAUGAACUGGCUAGUCUGCACUCAGAUGCCUUGUAUUUCUAUUAGGAUUUUUGGUGCAGGGUGUAAGUUGGCUGCCCAUGUUGUCAUCUUGUAUAAGGGUUGUGGAGGUCACUGCCUCUGUAGCAUGCAGAUCUGCCUUCCUUCCUGACAGAGCUGGAUAGCAGCUGUCCUUGUCAUGUCAGUGGUGCAAUAAUCCUGACUGUGAUGUGGGCUAGUGCCUUUUUCUUCAUUAAUUAUAUAUUUAUGAAGAAAACAUAAAUGUUUCUUCUGAAGAGAUCUGAGGGGCUUGAGUUGUCUGUUUUUGGAUCAAAUUUGGGCCUUGCUCAGAAGGAAAUACUGUGCAGACUAUUUGUGGAAUUCUGUCAAUAUAGAUCUUUUGACAAAAUCUAAUGGAGUUUUACUGAGAUUUCAGAGCACCUUGAAUUUCUUCUCACUAGGAAAAAAAGGUAUUUCUAUCAUGCACAAAGAGCAACAUUUUAGGAUAUACUUUGUGCUAAUUGCAGUGUAAUCAUGAAACAACCCAACUUUUUGCAAAGUUUAAACUCUCACAAUUUUUGGUUGUUUAAAUGCUUAUUUCAUUUGGAACUGGAGGUUGAAGCUAGUUCUUAAAGUCACAGAAACAACAGCACUUGAAUCCUUUAGGCAGAGGAAAAAGCAGAAAAGAUUCAAAUGCUAAACCCCAAAACUCUUUCAUGUUAUCAUCAUAUAAGUAUGCAGGAGAGGUUCGUCUGCAAUGUAUUCAACUGCAACUUUUGAUUCUGUUACUGGUGAUAAUUUUACCAAGUAUCUGUGCCUAGCCUCACAGUUUCUGAUAUCUGAAAGGGCUGUGGAACAGCCUCCAUUCAGUAUGGGACUGAUGCAGAAACCCUUAUUUCUGAGUAAGACUCUGACAAGCCCUGCACUCUGAGUGGCACGUAUGAAUGCAAAUCAGGUCUCUAUUUCUUGCACUGAUAUGGAAAGUCCAGUGUAUCCUUGCCAGUCUGAAUCAGUAGUAUUGCAUGCAGAAUUGCCACAAGGAGUUAGUAAUGAACAGCUCUACCUAGCUCAGUGUUAAAGGAAUAAGGAAAACACAGCUCUGCAAUAGAGCAUGCAGAUUUCUGAACUGUACCUCUUAGAGGUAGUGGCAGAAUGGAACAGAAAGAAUUCCUACUUGGACUUUUUCUCCAGUGCUGUUUCUGGUUUUGAAGCAAAAAGGGAGUUUAAAUACAGCCAGCUCCUAUUUUCUAUGGGUGUGAACUGUCAUGGAAGACAUGGAUUGUUAUCUUUCUUACAUUCCAGGCAGAAUCCACAGAUUUCUGUGAAGCUGGUAUUGUGGACUCUGGGAAGCACAGGCUGAGUUGACUUUAGGUGUUCCAAAUAGUGUUUCUCUGUUUGACUAAGACAAGCGCUGGUGUCCUCAAGCAGCUUUUGGGUAUUUUCCAUGUGCUUCUUCCAAGGAUUAAGCUUUUCCUUUUCCAUUUCAGCCACAGCAUUGUGAUGCUUUUUCUCCAGUCAUCCAAAAUCUUUUUCAUGCAUUAAAAAUAGUGCCUGUUCAUCACAAAAAGCGCUGCUUUUUCCUAGGCCAGUUUUGGGUGUCAGCAAAGACACUGGCAUAAUUUUUUCAUGCAAAUGUCUUGGAUUUUCUAACACAAGAUUCCAACUGCUGAGACACACUUCAAGGUCACUGUCAUCCAAAGAAAUGGGGUUUUUUCUGACAUUGGUCAGUCAGUGGUGUGGCUGGGUUAUCUUCAUCUGUCUGGUGAGGACAACGCACAGAACAGAGUGCUUCCCUCCACUACCUUUUGUUUUCCUUCCUCCCUGUGUGUCUCCCCUACUUUAUUUAUUAACAGUACCUUAGAUUUCAAGCUCCCAAGGAGCACUGCUGUAGGUAGAACAGGUAUGAAUGGGCAGUCUACUGAAGGACUCAGAGCAGGGUAUAGAAAGUGUCUUCCCAGUUACCUUCCUGUUCUCCAGUCCCUUCCCUGAUUUUUGUUUUUGGAGUUUGCAGAGAUACUAUGUGAUCAUCAAAUAACCACAUCACUGAGAAUGUCCCACUCAUUUGCAGACUUGCUGUUAGAGAGGGGUUCUCACCUUGAGGUCCACUGGCUAUUUUGUCCCUGCUGAGCAAUGCAAGCCCUCCCACACUGCACGCAGCCACAGCCAAGUGAUGCUGAGGAGGUUGCUGGUCCAUCUCUUCAGUAAUUUUGGCUCUGCUGAUAAGCAUGCUUGCUGAGACAGGUACUGUGAAGGCACUGCUCUGUCUUGUCCUGUCCUGUCCUGUCCAGAAAGGCUUCUGUAAAAGGAACCCAUAAAGGUUAUACUGAGUGGUGGGUAGUGGGGGCCUAGGUGUUAAAGGUAAGAGCCUCCAAGUUGCCCCCAGAACAAGGAACAGGCCCAGUGGAGGCAGCAUCACAGACUGUUCAUACCAGACUGCAAUCUUCAGUUAGAUGGGAGGGUAACAUCCUGUUAGAAGAAGGAGGAAGUAUUUUCCUCUUUCAGGGACAAGCUGCUGUGAAGUCUGAAAUCUUUCCUGUAGUACACAGGACCUUCAGCCACACCUAAGGCUUUGGACCUGUGGGGUUUCUGCACUCCUUCCAGAUAGAUGCUGGUGGCUUUUGUGUCACUUGCCAAAGGCCUUUCUUCAGGCAGAUCACCUCUUUGGUCUUGUGCAAUCAUUGUCUGCUGUACUAUUGCUCUCUAAAGACUCAACUGUAUUUUUCCUCUUUUUUCACAUUUUAAAAUGUUACCUUUUUAAAAUUAUUAAUAUGAUCUGGCGCAUGUUAAAUAUUGCAGUGUACCAACUGUUUACUAAAUAAUCCUUUUUCAUGCUUUUUUUGUUUUUAAAAAGGAGAGUAUUUUCUGUAUCCCACUCUAGCAUGCACCUAUAACGAUCCCUGUUUUUACUGUGUAUGGGAGUAGGUUGUCCAAUGAAUGUGCCCUCAGCACUGUGGCCUAUGUACUGCUUUGGAAAGGCAAAUAACGUGAUUGUUGGAAAACACUAGUCCACUGAUUCUUUAUUCAGAUGUAUAGAGAGGUUCAUGAAGGAAGAGUAUUUUUGCAUUGAAUUUUCAGCUGACUUAGCAAUAAAGAUUUUUACUUUCAUCUAA